AGAUGAUGAAGACGAAAUCGAUGAUAUAACAAUCACAAAUCAAUCAUUUGUCCAGCCUAUAACUACAUGCACUAAUAUACCAACAAUUACAAAUACAACAAAACUUAUAUCAUCACAAUGUGAAACAUCAUGUACAAUGGACUCUGCUAAUUCAGGUGAUCCAAAUAUAGAGAAUCCUGUUAUUCAUCAAUCACUGUAA